AUGGAGAAGUCCCGGAAUUUCCGCAUCGACGCCCUCCUGGCCGUGGACCCGCCGCGCGCCGCCUCGGCGCAGAGCGCGCCGCUCGCCCUGGUCACCUCGCUGGCGGCCGCCGCGGCGGGCCCGGGCGGCGGGGCGGGCGGCGGGGCGAGCCGCGGCGGCAGCCCCGCGCCCUCGGAGCCGCCCGCGGGCCCCGCCGACCGCCUGCGCGCGGACAGCCCCUCGCCGCCGCGCCUGCUGGCCGCGCACUGCGCGCUGCUGCCCAAGCCCGGCUUCCUGGGCGCGGGCGGCGCGGGCGGCGCGCCCGGCGGGUCCCACCACCACGCGCACCCCGGCGCGGCCGCGGCGGCGGCCGCCGCCGCGGCCGCCGCGGGGGGCCUGGCGCUGGGGCUGCACCCCGGGGGCGCGCAGGGCGGCGCGGGCCUCCCGGCGCAGGCGGCGCUCUACGGCCACCCGGUGUACGGCUACUCGGCGGCCGCGGCCGCGGCGGCCCUGGCCGGCCAGCACCCGGCGCUGUCCUACUCCUACCCGCAGGUGCAGGGCGCGCACCCCGCGCACCCCGCCGACCCCAUCAAACUGGGCGCCGGCACCUUCCAGCUGGACCAGUGGCUGCGGGCGUCCACCGCGGGCAUGAUCCUGCCCAAGAUGCCCGACUUCAACUCGCAAGCGCAGUCCAACCUCCUGGGGAAGUGCCGCCGGCCCCGCACGGCCUUCACCAGCCAGCAGCUGCUGGAGCUCGAGCACCAGUUCAAGCUCAACAAGUACCUGUCCAGGCCCAAGCGCUUCGAGGUGGCCACCUCGCUGAUGCUCACGGAGACUCAGGUGAAGAUCUGGUUCCAGAACCGGCGCAUGAAGUGGAAGCGCAGCAAGAAGGCCAAGGAGCAGGCGGCGCAGGAGGCCGAGCGGCAGAAGGGCGGCGCGGCCGCGGGCAAGGCCGGCGCGGACGACAAGGGCGACGCGCAGCUGCUGGGGGCGCCGGCGCCCGGGGACAAGGGCAGCGGCCGCCGCCUGCGGGACUUGAGGGACAGUGACCCCGAGGACGAGGACGACGAGGACGACGAGGACGCUUUCCCCUACGGCGACGGCGCCGCGGGCCCGCGCGCCGCGUCCUCCGACGGCUCCUCCGGGGCCGACUCCCCGCCGCCGCGGCCCGCCGGGCCCGGGCACCCGCCCCCGCCGCAGUAG